AUGUGUGGGUCUGACGACGAUUCCAAUGUCCUUUAUGGCUUCACAGCCGUAGACUCCUCAGCGUCCGAUCUUCUGAAGGCAGCUUGUCGACCAAGCUCACCGCAUUCUAUUCGCGUCUCCGAAACACCGAUCCCAUCCACGCCAUUGGCGCAGCGAAUCAACCAAUAUGCCCAAGCUCAUCUGGCUGCACCUACUUAUAACCACUCUCUUCGCGUAUACCACUAUGGAAUGGCAAACAAGCAAUACAGAUGCGACAAAAAUGAGCUUCGAAUUUUACGGGGGGGGGGGGGGGUUCUGGCAUUGGAGAUCUUGCAGAACUCAGAGAGUGCUCUCGCGCCGAAAGAACGGGCUGAAAGUGUGGCUGAAGCUAUCAUACGACAUCAGGAUCUGUGCGAGAAGGGCAAAAUACCUGCCCCGGGUCAGCUUCUUCAGCUGGCGACAAUCUUUGGUAUUUCAUUCUCUGCUAGAGCUUCUUUACUUCCGGCUUUUGGAUUUUCGGGAAGACCAUACCUCAUUUGUCAUCCUACAGAUAACACCGGUUCAUAUGAUGAUCUCGUGCACAAGUCGACUAUUGAGGAUGUUACAAGCCAUUUUCCUCGUUUACAUUGGACUGAUUACUUUGUGCGUACCAUUAAGCAAGAAAACAAACCCAACCCAUGGGCUCACACGACGACACUUGGCGAGGAGGAAUUUCCCCAGAUGGUCCUUAGAAAUCGUUUGAUGAGUCCGUACGAGUAG